UUUCUGAUUCAGAGCCAUUAGAGCAUUUCUUCUUUUCUGGCUGCUGGAAAUUCAGAAGCAUGGCAUUACCGAACCGUCAAAACGUGCCAAAAUUCGGAAACUGGACUGAAGAUACUCCAUUCACGCACGUGUUCGAGAAAGCGAGCAGGAGCAAGAAAGAUACAACAAACAUGUCUAACCCCAGAGAGUAUCCAGAAAUGAACCCAAACCAUUCACAAAAUCGAAACCAUAAUGGACACGUCCAGCCACCAAACCACAAUGUAAAACCAAGACAUGAAAGAUUCAGUAGCAGAGACGAAACAGAACUCAGACCUUUCGAGCCAUCUCCUGCACACAGUGAAAGAAACAACAGAGUCAGAGCUCCUCCAACACCUGAAACGUACAACCAUCAUCAAUCAUAUGGUGGUGGAUGUAAAUUCGGAAAUCCAUCGCAAACAAAUAGACGGCAACCAUAUGAUCCUCCUCCUCCACCGGUGCAACCUAGGCCAAUUCGCAAUCUUAGAGGUCGAAGCAGUGAAAGGGUCGCAACUAUUCCACCGUUUCCUGGAUCGGGUUCGGAUCAGAAUCAGAGUUACACACUCAUCUUUGACAAAGUGAAGGAAGACAAGAAACAAAGUGGGGCUUUGAGGUCUUACAAUGGAACCGCUCAUAGCACCCCGACUCGACCCAUUUACGACCAACAUCAUCAACCGCUGCCUUCUAGUCCCAAGGGUUGCUGCUUUCCUUCAUGGAGCCGAAAGGGAAGACAAUGAAGAUGAUGACCCUUUCCUUCUGUUUCAUAAUUCCCUCGUUUGUUAUUUGCUUCUGCUUGAUUUUUUUCUAUAUUUCUUAUAUAUUGAGACGUAACCAGUGGUUUUCGCUGUAAAUGCUUCAACUUUUUGCAACUCUUUUGUGUUUUCUU